AUGCUGGCAACCUUUAUAACACUUAUAUUGGCAUUGAUAGCCACAACCUCGGCCGAAGUAACCCCCAGAGAGGUCCUAUGGACAGAUGAUGCGUUUGGGCCGGACGGCCCCUGGCGAGCAGUCAGUAUUCGGAUGGGAAACGAAGAAUCGUCAAUCGGCCUAUAUCCCGGCAGCGCUUGGGAGUCGUGGUUGAUUCAAGAUCGAUAUUGCAGGAAGGGCACAUGCUACGCGUCUAAAGCUGGCACCUAUGAUAACUCUUCCGGUACGCAAGGAGGUAUCCAGAUGCCUGCAGAUCUCAGCGGCUUCAUGCUUGGAUUGGACUUGAAAGGCAAUCAAGCAACUCGACAUUUGGACCGUAUGUGGUUGAACGGGGCUAUAGUGGAAAACGUGAGUCUUGCUCUUUUGGAGUCUCAGAAGAUCGAAUACCCUGGCGGCCAGACAUCGCCUUUCUUCGCUGGCUGUCUAAGUCUAGGUGGAAGGCGAGCCAUAAACCAGAGCUUUUCCCAAGACGAUGGCCCAUCCAUCAACGCAAGCCUCGUGCCAGGCUGGAUGUGGGAACACGAAUGGACAAGAUCGAGCUCUUUCGGCAUGCAUAUCGGCUCGGUACAACCUGAUAUAUCUGGGUCCUUAUGGUUUGGAGGCUACGAUCAGAAUCGUGUUGUCGGAGAAGUCCUCAAUAUGAACGGAGGUCCGAGAGACGGGAUCACACUUCGGGAUAUCGGUAUCGAUGUAAUAGGAGCCAAGUCUCCUUUCGAGUUCGAUUCGAAAGAUGGCCUACUUGCCAACGGAAACUCGUCUAUUGGAGGGAGCCUCAAAGUCUUGGUUGAUGGCUGCUCGCCUUACUUUACGCUGCCUAGGUCGACUUGCGAUAGCAUCGCCGCCCAUCUCCCUGUCAAAUUCAACAAAGAUCUUGGCCUAUACAUAUGGGAUACGGAGUCACACAGAUACAAGGAGAUCAUCAACUCUGCGUCGGCCCUAAGCUUUUCAUUCAUCUCCAACUCAAACACUGAUCCAAUAAAGAUUCGUGUCCCCUUCAUGCACCUCAAUCUGACCCUAUCGGCACCCCUAUCUGACAAACCAACACCAUAUUUCCCUUGUCAUUCAAACGGAAAAGACCAAUAUGUUUUAGGCCGUGCAUUUCUUCAGGACGCCUUUGUUGGGGCCAACUGGCACCCGGAUAUCGAUACCUGGUGGUUAGCCCAGGCCCCAGGCCCCAAUAUCCAGGCUACACCCAAUGUUGUAUCGAUAGGAGAGAAAGACAAGACUGUGAGCAAGGGCGGGAAUGAUUGGAAGGUAUCCUGGAGUGGUGUUUGGGAUGAUCAAGAGGCACCCUCCAGUACCCCUACAGCAGAUAACACCGACAAAAAGGGGAACGAAGAGGACAGCAAAAAAGACGACCAAGAGGACGAAAAGGUUGGAAUGUCGGCUGGAGCCAAAGCUGGCAUCGGUGCUGGCAUUGCUGCCGCUGUCAUAGCGGCCGGAGCGGGCAUCUUCUUGUGUUGGCGUCGACGUCGGAAUCAGCCCCAAGAGGAGACGACAGCAGAACCCGCGGCAACAGUUGAUGAGUCUAAGUUACCAUCCGUAGUUUUGUACCCCCAAGAACUGCCUAGCCAGGAAGCGCAGCCACCUUAUUAUCAAAGGUUUGAAUUGCCUUCCUGA